AUGCCAUCGUUCUUCAAACGGCCCCUAGAUGAAACUGGGGUCUCCUUCUCCGAGAUCUAUCCAAAGCUCCUUGAAUUAAGCAUUGUACAAUCGGACUGCCCCAUACACGAAGACUGCGAUGCAAGCUGUGAUGGUCAACCCAGCCUUCACGAGCCGCUGAAACAGUAUUAUUGGAUCCAUGAGAUGAGUGGAUUCAAGCCCAGGACACAGCCAAAGCUCUUAGCUCCCGAUACUGUCUGUCAUGAUGAGGCUUGGCUAGCAGCUCAAAAUUUCGAAAGCUUCCAGUAUACGAGCAUCGAAUCGACAAAAGCCAGGAUCCGCUUGUUGAUAAUUAAGCCCGCAAACUUCAAGAAAGAUGUCCUCGAGUGCGAAAUUAUAGAUGCUUGUCUUGACGAUGUUACAAGCUAUGCCGCGCUCUCUUACUGCUGGGGAGCCCCAUACUUUGAUCACAAGAUUGUUUGCAAUGGCAAAAUGAUGGCCGUCACAAGCAAUUUGCACGACGCGCUUAAGCGGUACAGAGAGGAUUAUGAAGGACAUAAGGAGAGCCUCCUCUGGGUGGAUGCACUCUGUAUCAAUCAGGCAGAUUUGAUUGAGCGAAACGAGCAAGUCAGGCUUAUGCAUCGAAUCUACAGUCAAGCGGUCAAUGUCAAUGUUGACUUGGGUCACGUUGACAGGUCAUGGCUUCCAGGCUUCGUACUCUUAUCGAAGCUGGAUAUGGCUCAUGAAAUCGAAACAGAAAAGGCCAAAGCGGGAUUGGGCCCACCGUUAACCGGAGAGCAGCUUUUCGAAGAAUACGACUUCCCGAGACAGGAAGAUCUCGUUUGGCAGCUCUAUAUUCGAGUGCUUGCUUCGCCCUGGUUCUCUCGCGCAUGGGUUGUCCAAGAGAUUGUCGUAGCUCGAAAUGCGACAAUAAGAUUUGGACCGUUUAGUUUCAGAUGGCAAAAGAUCAAUACCUCGCUCGAGACUAUAAAGCAACUCGGCGUGAGCCCUUUGAUCUUUAUCAUGCGAGAUCCCUCACUGGAUUCCACGAUGUCCGUCUCACUCAUGAACGCCACCAAGCUUCGACGUUUGCGCCACGAAUACCACAACGGCCGGCAACCCCUCUCCUUACUGGAAGCUAUGACUAGGACCCGUGAUUUUCAUGCUUCUGACCCUCGCGACAAGAUUAUUGCUGUCCUUGGGCUUGCCUAUGCACGUCCAAAUAUGAAGGAAAAAACGGAUGAAACAUUAUUUCAAGCCGAUUACACGCUCUCCACAGAAUCAGUCUACUGUAAUUUUGCUGCUCAUCUUGCACAAUAUGGGUAUGCAGCACAAAUUAUUGAUCUAGCUGGAAUGGAAGGCAGAGCUCCCGAGCUCAAAGAAUUACCAUCAUGGGUACCGGACUGGGCACCACGCAGGGAGGAAAAUAAUUUCAUUCGGUUUGGCAGGACAGAGAAUGUUUCCUACCAUGCAACUGCCGAUAGUGUUUCUUACAUGGAACUGUCAUCGCGCUCGGACAGAAAUCAUCAGCGUGUCCUAGGUAUGGAAGGAGAUCAGAUCGAUAUUAUAGCACAAGUCACGCCAAGCUUCGAUCCCGAUAGAAACAGAUCAGAGCACAAAUCUCGGACUCGAGUUCUUCUGGAAUGGCACCUAGGUGCCAGAGCUCUGGUAUCUUCAGGUAUCACAAAGAAUCAGCUGCACCCCGAUUACAUAGACAUUGACGAUGCCUUUGCGAGGACCAUCAUUGCAAAUGACCUGCUUGAUGCCAAUUUCGGGGACAGCGAUCCGAGUCGCCCGAGUCCUAUCACCAACCCGAAGGAAAGUUACCGCCUUGCCAUACCUUCCUCAGUUGACGACGUUAUACCUAUGGGCCAGCGUAGCCUGCUGAUGGACAGCGAUGAGGACGUCCGCAGGAGCGCUGUGUCGACCUUCUACUUCCAGGCUAUAGCCGCCUGUGGAUGUCGAAGAUUUGCGAUAACACAGAGAGGAUACAUGGGGCUCGUUCCGUCUCUUACUCAGCCUGGAGACACGAUUGCCCUCAUCCUGGGAUCGUCUGUUCCAUUUGUUUUGAGACCGAAUCCACCCACUCGACAUGUUCAGGGCAAGGAAACUACCAAAUUGAUUGGCGAUGCUUAUAUCCACGGCAUAAUGGAUGGCGAGGGUAUGGACUUUGAUAGCUUUGCUCCUCAGAUGAUCUAUAUGAACUGA